GUUACAUCGCAAUCACAUUCGCCAAACGGAACGGUCAACAUGUUUCAAGCGAGCUCUGUCUUCGAUGCAAUAAGGCCUAUUUAUCGAGCGAGCAAAAUGCUGGCCAUUUUUCUCGAUACUAUUGAUUAUGAAAAACAAGAGAUUGUUCGUACGGCCCAAGAUCAGGUUGCGCUAGUGUGUGCUGUUUCGUUAGAUUUUUACGCGCUGAAAGUGUCCGUCAGUCAGCCUUUGAUGUAUUCCGACUCUAUUCUCCUUAAUGCUGGAAUGUAUUGCUCCGUGAUCCUUGGUUUCUUAGUGUCGUUAUGUGUUCCCUUAUGUAACCGUAUCUUUGGGCGCCGAAUGUAUCGUGUGUUCAAAACGUUAAACGCAGUGGAUAGCGUCCUCUUAGAAAAUGGCUACAAAGUGAACCAUCAGUCAAAUUUCCUUAUCAGUUGUAUUUAUCUCGCCAUUGCCGUCACAAUUAAUAUAAUAUUAUGCAUUGCUGCGAUUCUUCUAAUGUUAUCCGAUCAUCCUCUGUCCCAGCUGGGCGUACUCGAUCUGAUAGUAUUCUUACGAUCCUCAUUAGCAUUCACGAUCUUCGGUUCAUUUUCGUGCAUAGCUUUAACUUCAAUUUAUUUGCGAUUUAAGGCACUCAAUGAAGUAAUACGCAACAAGUUUACCAUAAAUAAAUCGCAUAACUCUCUGAACAAAGAUACUGAAAAUGACGCAAAAGUCAUCGCUACAAUACGAUGUUAUGGAGAGUUACAUGAAAAGCUCUGUGAUGCUGUCCAGGAUUUCAACUACUGCUUUUCUCUGCAAAUACUUUUCAUGAUGGCAUCUGCGUUUGGAUUCACGCUAUUUUCGAUUUUCGGAAUCAUUCACGACCUUUCACAGUCGGGUGCCAACAUAGAUGUGACUUUCAACAAUAUUAUCUAUGGUGUAAUUUACUUAUCGUUCAUUGUAACGGUGGUGAUUAAUGGGAGUCUUGUAUCGAGUGAGGGCAAAAGAACUGGGGCGAUGGUACAUAAAGCAAUAUGCUACCAAUACUACGGGCCAGCAGUUAUUAGACAGAUCAAAUUCCUUUCACAACAACUGUUCAACAACAAUUCGCAGGUUUCCUGCCUUCUUUAUGAGUUCCAGUGGAGUUUUCUUGUUUCGGUGAUGGCCUCUCUAGUGAUGCACGUUGUAAUUUUGGUUCAAUUUGAUAUUGCAGAUAUUGCAAGUAAAGUAUGA